CUGGUUUUUCCCAAUUCAGGAUAUAUGCAGUUAGGAAUGGUAUCUCCUUCAAAACAAUGAUAGACACUUUGGGAAGGAAGUCUCAACUACUACUACAAAGGAAGAGACUCAAAGAAGAGGAGGAUGAUGACCAACACAUUCAAGGCACCAAGUCAUCUUUCUAUUUGAGUAGCUUCCAAGAGUUAUUCCUUAUUCUCUCUUAUCUGCUGUCUUCACAGAAUCAACCAACCCACCAUGGUGGAAAGUCCUCCUAAAUUCAAAUUCACAUUCAUCUUCUUCAUCAUCUUCUCCCUCUCUCUUGGCUUAGUUUCCUUCUCCUUGUGCAUAGCCUCUGAGAUUAAGAGGAACAAGAAGGAGGAUCUCAGAUGGAAUGGGAGACUGUGUCAUUUACCGUCAAGUCCAGCAUUUGGAUUGGGAAUUGCAUCAUUGGUUUGUUUGGCUUUGGUGCAGAGCAUUGGGAAUUCUAUAUUGUUCAAGAAUUGCUGUUCAGGAGGGAAAAGAAACGCACGGUUUAAGAUACCUAUCGUUGCAAGGAUUCUGCUUUCGAUCUCUUGGGUUGGGUUUGGAAUUGCAGUUAUUUUAUUAAUUGCUGCGACAAGCAUGAGCAAAAGGCAAGCAUAUGGGGAAGGGUGGUUGAAAGGUGAAUGCUACCUUGUCAAAAAAGGGACAUACGCUGGUUUAGCCAUAUUGAUUUUAGUUACAGUAGGAUCGUUAAUAGGUUCAGGUUUGUUAACAAUGAAGAGCAAUAAGGCAGAUCAGGGUCACAAAAUACACGCACAAACGGGUGAAACUAGGGAUUAAAGAAUUUGUACAUGGAAAGCAUAUAGUAAAAUGCAGAGUCAGAGUUUUGGUGCAAACCAAGGAGCUAUAAAUUGGAUUGAGGAUCAUCAACUACUGUAGAAAGAAGCCUUAAAUGUUGCAUAGAGAAAGAUCGAAGACCGAUGACAGAAAGAAAGGUGCUGGAGACAACAAAAGAUGUUUGAAUUGUUUGUCAAAUUUGCCGAGAAUAACUACAUUUUUUUCCGACUUACAUGAUACGAAAGAGACAUUUGUUUUGUAUACAUUCUCCCCGAGGUAGAAACUGCCUCAUACAGGAACUCAUUUUGGAUCCCA